CUCUCCUCAGUUGGCAGUACCAUACCAGUAUUGUCAGUUGAUAAUAUAUUUGAUAUGGUGAAGUGAAAUUUUGAUUUUUUUCAAAUUUUUACUCAAAUUUGAUUUUUACUUAAAUUAUAUUCAGUUUUGAUCAGUUCGAAAAUUUGUCUACUCGUUGGGAUUGAAGAAUUGUAUGUUCAAAUGGAAGUUCAACAACACCAAGAAGUAGAAAUGGCCGAAGUCACCUCAAAAGUGUACGACAUUAUCCAUCCGACUCCAGUAUCGCUGAAACAACUGUCAGCAAUCGUCAUCAGCCUCGAAAUAUGGCGUCGUAAAAUAAAUGAAUAUCGCACGAGUCAAAAAUUGAGUGAAUUUGACCCAGGCAGGCUGCGAAAAGAAAAUACCCGGAUGAAAACUAUGCUUCCUGAUUUACCGUCCACGAUUUACAAGAUGAUCGAAGAAGUUUUCUCAAGAUUUGGGUAUUCGAUGAAAAUUUGGCGAUUUCAUCAUUAUGAGAGCGGAUUUUGUUAUCAGUACAGUCACGAGAACUAUGUUUUAGAAUACUUCGAUGAUUUUGUGUGCGAUUAUGACGGCUCUAUUCAUUACGCGAGGACAGCUGAACGUAUGAUGCGUUGUGAAGGAUUCAAUUCGGAAAUGAAGUUCACAGUCGCUUGUACGUAUUUCUUCGAGAACGAUAUUAGACAAAUUUGGCCAUCUGUAUCGAGAAACAUGAACGUAGAUGUUAUUGAUUUUGACGAAUUCCCGCAAUUAUAUUACUGGAUUUGCCGGCUUUCGAAUGAUUUAGACAAAAUAGAAACCUGGGGUGGUGAAACUGUCGAUGAAAAAAUGUUGAGGGCGUGCAUGCCUUAUAAUAGACCUUCGAUCGAGUAUUUUUGGAAUCGUAUACCUAUCGAAAAACAAAUGCGAAUACCCGUAGGUGUUGGUGCCCUUAGCAGUUCUGAUUUUGUUAGAUACAUUUUACCAAAAAUGGAUGAUCAGCAGCUUGAUAAAUUCUUCAAUGAUUCGUGGGAUGGUAAUAAGUUGUAUCACCUGUUUCUAUAUCUUCAUUGCGAUGAAUGGAUGGUCCUGAGAACUUGGUUACACAUUAGGAAUAUUAUAAAGGAAAGUAUUUUUUCAAAUUGUAUCGUUUCUAUGCUUGAGUAUGCUUACCCGCAAGCUGAUGAUGACCCAGAUGAGUGCGAUGAAGUAGCAAAGUGGCAUGAGUUUCAUGAACCGGAAAAGUGGGAAUAUUUGUGUUGUCAGAUAUGGAACCGUACGCCGCUGAAUCUCAAACAAUCGGCGAUUCGACUUAUUUCAUCCGAUAGUACGUGGAUUGAAGACAUAAGUAAUCGUUUGUCUGUCUCCGAAUAUUAUGAUUCAAAUGAGAUAAAAGUUGAGUUCCUACUGGUUAUUUUACGAGAUGCAUCUCUCAAAGAACGAUCCUCGUUCUGGCAUAUCUCCUGGAUAAGUUUGAUUAACGUUGUUCGAAGCGAAGAUUUGCAACGAAUGGUUCAACUGUGCUUCAAAAACGACGAUGAGAUUACUCAGAUCAAACAAAACUUCUUGAUUACCAACAGCGGUUUCCUUAAAUUCUGCGUUACAUUAUUGGAAGAUGCGCAUUUCGAAAAAUUGAAUGCCUUGGUGAGUUUCUGUUGUCCCGAAUCGCAAGCAGCGAGAAAUCUUAAACAAAGAUUAUUGCAGUCGGUUUUUCUCGAUGAGGAUAGCGAAUUUAGUCCUGGCAUUGUCGUUGGAAGCGCUGAUCUCAAGGAAUUUGUUAAUGAUGCUUUCGACGACGUUGAUGCAUCUAGCGACUUUAAAAAUCUAUUGAUGUCGUCAUCUUCAAAUAUGAAAAGUCUAUCGAGCAUUAUUUGCGACGAUUAUGUUUCUUUUGAAGAGCUCACCGAAUUUAUUGGCGCCUUUGUUUCAACGGAAGAAGCUUUAACGCAGAUCAAGAUGAGUAUGAUUGAUUCGUUGAAAGAGUAUCUGACUACGAAUGUACGUACACGUAAAUAUUCAUUCGCCCAGAAUAAGUUCAAUUCGAUCUUAUUAUGGUGCUUGGGAAAUAAUGAACAUGUUGAAGAGUUCAAAUCAAGCUUGACUUAGUAGUAAACCCAGAUAGCUAUAAAAAAGAAGUCAAAUAAUUUGUAAUUUUUUUUUCUAAAUCUAAGUGAAUCGUAUGUUAUAAUCUAAACAUUCAAUUUUGUUUUAGUUUCGAAUAAUUUUUAAGACAUUUUUGAGGACUUUAUUAAUUCUCAACUCGUUUUCAUUACUUUUUAUUUGAUUUUUUUUGUUGCCACAUUAAUCAUCUUUUGGAGCAAUUAGAUGCCUAUGUUGAGGAUUUUUUAUGAGAUUUUCGAGAAUGUGUAGGGUUUUUAGUUACUGUAGUCUGUAAGUUCGAGCACCUUUUACUUUUUACUCGUAUCUGCGAGGUUUAGGUAAUUGAUGACUUUUGUUAUAGGUAAGGAAAAUAAUCGUUAGAUUCUCUACAAGAUGGAAUGGGUUUGAAAGUAAUCCGCACGAUAAAAAAUAAAUUACAAAAGCACAAAGUCGUAAAAGUCGUACAAAAAAAAUGGUUUUUAUUUCGGGGAUUAUAUUGAAUUACUAUCUGAACCCAAUCUCAAUUCAAGCUGAACGUGAUGCUCUACAGAGUAUACAGUCUUUCAAUUUUUUAUUCCAUUAUUGAUAAAUAUAUGUGUUUCAACAAAUUGAAUGCAAUGUGUUUUCAUCGUUUUCUCGAUAUUUUUGAGCAACGAAAGUCUUUAACGAUUCUCUUCUCCCUCCCUCCCUUCACCCCUUAAGUACAAAUUUUAAAGGAAAGCCGAGUGAGAAUCCAGAAAUCGUCACCAACAAUAGCUGAAUUUCGUCGUAUGAAAUUUUGUUUUUUGCGGUUAAUUUUCAAACCUUCAAAAUAUAUGUUCUUUUUGCCCACUUUUUAUGAAAGAAACAAAAACCAAAAUGUUUCGAUAAAUUGGUGGGUUUAAAACGUUGUGUAGCCUUCAGCGAAUUUGAAAUUUUUCAGUUUUGGGAAAAUCGUUAUAAAUGAGGGGGAAAAAGUCAUGUUCAGGAUCUGUGAAAUUAAUUUAACCGUAAUUCGUGAUUUUUGCCAUAAUUUCUUAGCUCAAAUUUUUUCCUACCUGAUUGAAAAAUUACGUUUUGGCUCAUUUCGUAAGCACCUAUUUUUCCAAUGAAGAAGAUCAGGAAAUUCGUCAAAGGUUUCAGAGCAGUUGAAAACAUCACCGAUCAAUUGAAAGGGAGGGAGGCUUCGAUAAUUUCCUAUAAUACUUGAACCCACCUUGGUAAUAUUUCGGUUUUAUAGUUAUUCGUAAUUUUCUGUCGUAUCCUUAAGACCUGUGAAACUAGGAGCAAAUCUGCUUUAAAAAAUUUGAAAAUAUCUAUGUAUGUUUAUCAAUAUUUUAAAGCUUGUGAAUUUGAAUAACCGAGAUUUAGCUAUGAUUAAGAAUUUUUAAGGUAAUGCUUCAAAUUUCUUGAAUACUUACGAAGUCAUGUACUUAUUUGUUUUUCGUUUCGAACAAUUUCAAGACAUUUUAAAGGAUUUUAUUAAUAUUCUCAACUCAUUUUCAUUAUUUUCUUACACGAUUUUUGAUAUUUUUUUUGCCACACUAUCGUCUUUUGAAAUGUUUGACGAAAAUUCCUUCAGGGUGGUAUAGUGAAUAAGCAGAUGUUAAUUCUAAGUACUUUUAUGAAGUUUUGUUUUGUUUUUU